AUGAUUUUGGCGAUAUUUCAGAAUGAGGAGAGCUGCAGUUUUUCUGGCGUUGCUGCUCUGUCUGCUCUGGACGGGGCUCAGGGUGAGGAUGGAGGGGGGACAGGGAAGAAAGAGGGGGAGUUUGAUAUCCAAGAAGUGAAAGCAGCCCUCGAUCAGAGCAGCAGUCAGACCCAGAUGAGCACUGACGUCUGGGCUGAGCUCCAGAGAGCGAAUGCAGCUUUAGAGGCCAGGAUGAGCUCCAGUGAAAAGCAGGUGGAGGAGCUCCAGAGAGAGAACGCAGAUCUUCUGGCUCGAGUCACAGCAAGGGAGAAGAAGAGCACAGCUCGAGAGGGCAGAAUGAGCUCCAGUGAAAAGGAGGUGGAGGAGCUCCAGAGGGAGAACGCAGACCGUCCUCAGGUGGCGUUCUCAGCCGGUCUCACUGAUUCAGGAUCAGUCGGACCCUUCAAGACUGAUAUCACACUGAAGUUCAGUAAAGUCUUCACCAAUAUCGGCCAGGCCUACAGCCCAACUACAGGUAUCUUCACAGCCCCCGUCAGAGGAGUCUACUACUUCAGGUUCAACAUGUGGGAGAGCCGCAGAUCAACUUAUACCUCUGUUGUAUUAUAUCACAACAACCAGCGAAAGAUGAGGCUUUCAGAUUACAUUGAUGGAUCUGGCGUGGUCUCUGCGUCUAACGCGAUGCUUCUUCAGCUGGAGAAGGGAGAUGUUGUCUACAUCGUUCUGCCCUCCAACUACGGCGUUCGGGAUGAUUCGCAUAAUCGCAUCAUUUUCAGUGGAUUUCUACUCUUUCCUCAGUGAAGCCCACUGUAAAACACCCACUGCAUUACGUUUCAACAUUACAUAUUAAUAAAAAAGUGUGUUGACU